CUGCUGACUACCGGCUUGUUAGCGACCGAAUGUUAAAUCAUUUGAGCACAGUUUACACCAGUUCUCCAACACGGGCGGUCGCGUUCACUUUCGACAAUAACUUCGCAUUCACAGUGCUAUUUACACAAGUUUAUUUACAUUCAACACAAAGUUGUUGCAUUCCGCACAGCGUUGCAAGAGCAAAAUGGGCAUGAUGAGAUCCCUCAUCAUCCUGCAGGUUGUCUCCAUCAGCACUUGCAUGGAACAGCUCGACAUCAAGUAUGAAUGGAAUCAGUUGGACUUCGAGUUUCCGAGCCAGGAAGAUAGGCAGCAAGCCCUGGCAAGCGGUGCUUUCGUACCCGAGAACAACAUCCCGAUGGGGCUGGAGGUCCACGGAGCCAAGAUGUUUGUGACGGUGCCACGGUGGCGACACGGAGUGCCAGUCAGUCUUGCCUACGUCAAUAUACAUGAUAACAGCACAUCCCCAAAGUUAAUACCAUAUCCGAAUUGGGCAGCACACGAUACCAGCAAUGGCAAACCGUUAAUUGUAUCACCGUUUCGGAUUCGCGCUGACAAGUGCAACCGCUUAUGGGUCCUCGAUAAUGGGAAAAUUGGAAACCUGGAAAAUAAUACCACUAAGUAUCCACCAGCUCUUUUGGUGUUCGACUUGGAAACUGAUACAAUUUUGAGGAAUUACGUGCUCCCAGAGGAACAGGUUAAAGAAGAUUCUGGCUUUGCAAAUAUUGCCGUCGAAGAUACAGACUGUGAUGAUACAUUCGCGUAUGCUGGUGAUUUAGGGAAGCCUGGGAUCGUUGUAUACUCUUGGAAGAAGAACGACUCAUGGAGGAUCAUGCAUCACUACUUCCAUCCUGAUCCAUUGGCAUGUGACUUCAGCGUAAAAGGACACAACUUUAGUUGGACAGACGCCAUUUUCGGCAUGGCACUAUCAGCCCCUAAUGCUGAUAACUACAGUACUUUGUACUUUCACCCAAUGGCUAGUUACAACGAGUUUUCAGUUUCAACUGAAUAUUUGCGGAAUCAAUCCGUAGCGGAUGCAAAUUUUAAUGCAUUCAAACUUCUGGGUAAUCGUGGGCCAAAUGCACAGUCCAGUGUAUCUUUCCUAGACCCGAAGACUGGGAUCCUGUUUUAUUCUCUGGUAAAUUUAAAUGCAGUUGCAUGUUGGCGUACAACAAACAAGGAAUACUUAAUGAAGAAUCAAGGCAGGAUUUAUAUGGAUGACAUGAAGAUGAUAUACCCGACCGAUAUCAAAGUAGACUAUGACGACAACCUGUGGAUUCUCUCCAAUAGAAUGCCUAUAUGGAUGUACGGAAAAUUGGACUCUAAUGAAGUCAACUUUAGAGUAUUUACAGCCCCAGUUUUGAAUGCGAUAAGUCAUACAGCCUGUGAUGUGACUCCUAGAUCUGAUAUUUUAGAUAAGUUCGUAAAUAAAUUUAAGAAUGUUACAAAUAAGAUAGCCGCUAAGGUGAAAGGAACAGGAAACGCAGGGGUGACGAUACUGCCAAGCUCGCUAUCCGCGAUAGUCUCUUUGUGUAUUUUUUCUUUUAUUUCAAAUAUUUUGCGAGCUUGAUAGACACGUGCUUGAAUUAGUCCUUCUGUGAUGAUUGCCCCUCUGAAUGUAUGCAAACAGCCGUGAGUACUUAUUUAGGGUGCCAAAAGUUUAAUUGAUACCUUGUUAUUCCUUCGACUGUUGAUUUUUAAAAUAAUUAUUAGAUUGAUAUUUUAAAGUUAGUAUUUACUUAUAUAAAAGACAUAUUGGGAAAGCAAGUUUAAGUAAAAGCAAAAGCGGUCAAGUGCAAAUCGGCAUAUGAAGUGCACCGUAGCAUCAUACAAGAUGUUUUAAAUAGAUUUUUUUAAAAGAAAUAAGAGAGAAAGCCCUAUAAGGAUCUGUAAACAAAAUGUAAAUUCGUAUUUCGCAAUCUUGUUUAUGUUACUAUAGCAGCAAUUACACACGCAAUCAAAAUAUCAGCUGUCUAACUUUUACGGCUUAUGAUAUAAAGCUUGCUGAUAGAGAGACGAAAGGAUGAACAAACAGCGGAGCUAAAGUAACGGGGAUCACGUUGGUAAAUAAAUUCCCUAAGAAUAAGGUGUAACAUGUUUGUCAUGACUUCAACCGAAAGAUGCAAGAAGGCCUCCCCCAAAGAUCUCUAAGACGACCCUCAUCCAAUCUGUUCCGGCAAUCUUGACCAAUCUUACUAGGCUCACCAACAAUAUGUCUUCCAGUAUGUGGUCGCCAUUCGAGAACUUAUGUGCCCUGCCCACUGCCACUUCAGUUUCACGAUCAUUGAGCUAUGUCGGUGGCUGUGCUUCUCUUACGGAUCUCCUCUCUGAGUGACCACGACCAUGAGAAAUCAAACGGCCCAUAGUUAGCGAUAAAUUCUGAAAGAACUAAUACUUAAUAUCUUAUUUUAUAGUAGUGGAAGGCUUCUUUGCACAUGAUGCCGGCUAGGCUAAUCUAAUAUGAUCUGAUAGUCCGAGGCUAAGUUGGUGCCACAAGAGCGCCUUUUUCUGCCUUCAAACAGUAAUGUGCUCUUUUUUAGUAUUUGUAUAGCGGCAACUGAAAUACAUCAUCUGUGAAAAUUUCAACUAUCUAACUAUCACGGUUUAAGAUACAGCCUGGUGAAGGACGGAGGGAUAGCGGAGUCUUUAUAAUGGGGUCCCGUUUUACACUUUUGGGUACGGAACCCUAAAAAUUAUUUACACACUAAGCUGAAGCAAUGAUCGUUGUUUGUCGAUCCAAUUCACUCUCCAACAAGGAAAACGUGUCGAUCAGCCUAGCGAAACUCUCUAAAAAAAAAGAGAUUCACUCGAUUGUAUGAAACGUGCAGUCAUUGAUAGAUUGACAGAUGACGGCUAAAAUCUUGUAAAAAACGGAGAUAGCCGAAAUACACUACGUUUUAAGCAACUGUUUGCUUUUAAACUUUUCCAGAUUAUACUUCGUCGCCAACCGGCAUACUUUAUUACUGCUAUUUCAAACUUAUGUCAAAUCACUGCACGUUUCAUACUAAACUAAAUUUCAAUUUUUACUUGGGCAGUCCCGCCUCUUAUUACGUAGUAUUUACAUCCUCUUUGGUGUCGAUACUGUGAUAAGACAUGUGUCAUUAACAUUUGAUUUUGAAAGAUGCUUGCUUUGCGGUCUCAAGUUCGAAUUAAGGUACACUUUGAUUAUAAACUUUUUAAGGUUACCGUAUUAUUUAUUGUGAUUGUUUGUAAAUAUAUUUUUAUUGUACUUGUACUUAUAAUGUAUCUAUUAAGUGCGUAUUUUUUGAGCUGAUGCAGUUCGAUUUUGUUUUGUAAAUAUUAGUACAUAAUUUGAACUAAA